GCCGCGGCCGGCGGCGGUGCGGAACCGGGCGGCCGCCAUGGGACGGGUCGGGCUGACGGCGCCGCUCUGCCCCAGGUAUGGACGAUGGCUUCCUUAUGGAGGUGUGCGUGGACUCGGUGGAGUCCGCCGUCAACGCGGAGCGUGGAGGUGCCGGCCGGAUCGAGCUGUGCGCGGGCCUCGUGGAAGGAGGGACCACCCCGAGCAUGGGACUCCUGCAGGUGGUGAAACAGUGCGUCAGAGUCCCCGUGUUCGUGAUGAUCCGACCUCGUGGUGGAGAUUUUCUCUACUCGGACCGUGAGGUGGAAGUGAUGAAAGCUGAUAUACGCCUUGCUAAGCUACAUGGGGCCGACGGGCUGGUGUUCGGGGCCCUGACUGAGGACGGGCGCAUUGAUACGGAGCUCUGCACGGCAUUGCUGGGUAAGAGUGUCUCCGGUCAGAAGUGCUGUGCCGAGCUGUGUGCAGUACCUGUGCUGUCGCUGGGGGUUCAGUGCUGCUCUGUCCAAUGCUGUAGAAAGACCUGCAGGGUGCUUUGGUCUGCAGGUCUUGUCUGUGGCUUUGCCAUCUGUCUCCAGCUGCAACAGGUAAAAAGCUUUGCAGACCAAGGGCCACUGCCCCAAGUAGUGCACACAGAGUUUCAGGCCAACUGGGACACAAUAGCAGGGUCUAAGAAGGAGAGAGGCAUAGGUGAGCCGCUUUGGGGGCUCCAGGGUAUUAAACUGUUGGAUUCUCUCCUUUCUCUGUGUUCUUUGCCCUUUGUUCUUUUCCUUGUGUCCUUGCUAUGGAUGUUUAGGAUGCAUCUCUCUUGGACUUUGGCCUUGUGGGUAGCUGGCAGCUUGGUUUUGUUUUUUCCUGUAACACACCCAAUGAGAAGAGAUAAUAAGAGAGAGAUGGAAAUAUGUAAAAGGCUACUGAAGCUGCAGUGGGAAACUGUUAGUCCAGACCUUUUACAUGUAGAGAGAAAGAGAAUUUGCUUCCACGCCUUUUCUGUGAGCUACAGCCAAAGCUAAAAAGGGCUGAACCUUUCCCUGGUGAUGUGGUGCUGAGGUUUUCAUGUGAAGGUGAACAUGCUGUAGGAAGUGCAGCUAAAGAGAGAAGUCUUGCCAGGAUUUGUCUCCACUGGAGCAAAGAGGUGCUCUGCUGGAACCAGUGUUUCCAGGACAGGAGACAGUUGGAUUUAUUUUCAUAGAAGUAAAUAAGUUUUGCCCAGUAAAUAGAGCACCACUGGUGAAGUUUACUGUGAUGAGAGCAGAAAUUGUAGGUAGUUGAAGAAAUCACAAAAAUCAGCUCUCCUGCUUUCAAAGAGCACUGGUCCUGUCCCUUCCUCAGGUAGAUGAGACAAAGUCCCCACUUCCUUCCUGCAGAGAAAGACAUCUCUAGUGGGAAUGAAGGUUCUGCAUGAAUCCAGAUGAGAUGAAGGAUUUUGGUGUUACUCACAAAAACAAAGGUUUGUUGCUUUCUCAAAGGGCAGAAGAACUCUUCCCCACCAAAGAGCAGCAGCUGCGUUGUUCCCAGCAAGUACUGGGACUCUUCUGAGCUUCCCAGAAGUGGCCCGAGAAGCCUUUGCCCUCUUUUAUCUCAUGUGCUUUACUGGUUCUAGCACAAGGGACUCUGCGCCUGUCCUGACUGACCAUAUGUCUUUUUAUUGCAGCAGUGUGCCGUCCCCUGCCAGUCACGUUUCACCGAGGUGAGUUGCCUAGGACAGCGGCCCUGGCAGGGACCAGCCUCUGCCCUGCUGCCAGAGGAAGGUGGGGCUGGGAGGGAGCUGAGCUUGGUGUACUUUGGGUGUUCUUUGGAGAGGAAAGCUCUGGAUGCUGUGCAAGGGCAGGCUGUGACUGUACAGUUCCCCCAGGAGGGGAAAGGUCCAGGCUUGGGGGCUGUGUCACUGUCCUGUGUGGAGAGGAGGUGUCUGAGGAGCUGAGUGUGGUGGCCCUGGUGCUGCUGCAAGGGGGACGUUGUAAUCAGGAGCUGUGGCUCCCCAUGGGGGUGGCCAGCUGUGAGAAGGAUCCUUCCUAUCGUCUCCUGGGCUCCUGAGCUGGCAGGGGGACAGGGCUUGAGCAUGACAAGCUGAGUGGUUUCUGAGCUGUUCCAUUCAUCUCUCAGCCUUUGACAUGGUGCACGACCCUCUGGUGGCAUUAGAGACCCUGAUUUCUCUGGGGUUUGAGCGGGUGUUGACGAGCGGCUGUGACAGCUCAGCGCUGGAAGGAUUGUCCUUAAUUAAGAGGCUUGCGGAACAGGUAAGUGUUCCCUGUGUUACUGUGGCUGCUCCUGGGCUUUGCCUGGAGGCAGCUCCUUUAUGGUAGCCCUUGUUUCUGUAAGGAAUUUCUGUCCAGGAGUAUUUGCCCUUCUUGUCUGGCUUGGCCUCGGUCUGUUUUCCCAAGUCCAUGUGGGCUGAAGCCGAAAGUCUCCCACAGCAAAGACUGGUUGGGUUGUUCUUGCUCGCAGCCUGGGAGGAGGGUAGCAACAGUUGGUUUCAUCAGCUGAUGUCAUCAGCCCAUGUAAACAGCAAAGUGAGGUCCCUGCUGGGAUCUCAUGGUUCCUGUUAGGAAAAUGCAACAGAGAGGUAAACAGGUGGGAUAGAGAGGCAGGAGGAAAUGUUGAUGAGUUGUGUUAGCUGUAACUGCAAAGUCUUUUCCACAUUUCCUUGUAAAACGUGAAUAGUACAAAAAAGAUGGGUGAGAGUACACAAAUCGUAAGCCACAGUGACGUCCAUGAGCUUGAUGAAGGUGCUGCAUGUAAAGUUUCUUUGUCACCCCACAAAUGCACGUGCGGAUGUAGUGCUGAGCAAUAUCACUAACACGUUAUUCUUUUUUCAGGCGAAGGGCAGAAUUGUGGUGGUGCCAGGUAAUGUUUUUUUUAUCACCCGUAACAGGUCCCAUGGUCCCUAGCCCUGCUUCCUAGCCUCUCACCCUGGGAUGCGCUGAACUGGCUUUUUGAGGCAGGUCCCCAGGAGGGGGAGCUCCUGCCCUGGUGCGAGUAAAGGCCGGGCAGCCGGCUGGGGGUGGCAGAGCCCUGCCGCUCACUGGAGGGUUUGGGGCCAGCUCUAGAUCUGUGCGCCAAGGCUUCUCCCGGGUCUUUUCGUGUGCCCGGAUCUCCCUUGUCCCAAGGGCUGUCUUCACCCCUCUGUGUAGAUGGUGCUUGUCCUGUAGGGGGUGGGUUCUGAGGUGAUGUCAGUUCUGGGACCAUGCCAUCUGGGCUGUAUGGUGGGACAUCUGGAUUCUCCUCGCCAGGGGGUGGCAUCACAGAGCGCAACCUGCAGAGGAUUCUGGAAGGCUCCACUGCUUCUGAGUUUCACUGCUCUGCUCGCUCAGCCCGGGACUCAGCGAUGAAAUUCAGGUAACUGAUUUGUUAUUUGUAAUUUUUUUUAUUUUUUAGCAAAACUGUACGAGGGAAAAGCUGAAUUAAUGUGAGCAUGAGUUUGUAGAACAGCCAUAAAUUUCAAACAGCUUUCUCGGUGCUAAUUGCCCUCUCAUGAUUGCGAUCAUGAUGCCUGGCUCUGUAUCCUGCAGUGUACGAAUCCAGCAGUGCUCAUCAUCUGGACUCGAGCUCCAUGGGUGACUGGAUCCUUGGGGCAUUUCUGCUGCUGCCCUAGGGCUUGUGAGUGCACUUGUGUGCCACUUAGGAAGGCAGGUUCUGGUGUAGUUGCCUUAGGCCUUUAACACUGGAGUGUGUAGGAUUUGGGAGGCCAGUGGGAUGUGAGGAAUGAGUGAGGAAUGGCUCAUGUUUGUCCACAGGUCUGCACUGGGUUUCUGCUGAUGCUGUUGUUCCUUGCCUUUGGAUUCUUCUUCUUUCUAUUACUGUCUCAUCUUUGGUCUGGGUGGCACCAGCAGGUUCUGACUGCUGCUGAGACUAGGGAAGAUAGUGGGUUUUCCUUAGUGUGUCUUACUCGUUUGUAUCACCUACAUAUAGUAACCAGUCAUUUUCCUGACAGAAAUCCGAACGUUGCCAUGGGAGCAUCCUUCUCUGCCCCCGAAUACUCCAUAAAGGUGGCAGAUGUGGCCAAAGUGAGGACCCUGAAUGCGAUUGCAAAGAACAUUCUGUAGUGGAAAGCACCGUGCUAGGACAAGAGUGCCGAGACUCCAGGGUCUUCCCUGCCGCAUGGACAGAUGGGUACCGCUUCCGUCCUCAGGCUGCAGAGGAUGUGAACUAGGUGACGAAGUCUGACAUCUCUUCCCUUGGCUUCCCCUGAACGACCAGUCCCUGGCCUGGAAACUGAUGUUGGCCAUUUUAAAUAAAAGGACUCGUUCCCAGAUGUUGCAGCAACAAGCUGUUUAGCAGUAUUUGGGACAAAAGGGAGCUGAGCAAGUAGGGGGAUUGAAUUGUGUAGCACUGCAUGUGAUUGUCAAAUAAACACUGCAGCUGCCCCCCC